AUGCAGCUCCUGUCUCUCUGCUGUGGGGCCUCACUGCUGCUGCUCGUCCUGCCAUGGGCAGGAGUGGCCGGUGCCCAGCACAGUGCGGAGCUGCGGUCCCUGCAGGACCUCCUGGAGGCGCUGGGACAGCUCCGGGAGGAGGAAGGGGAACCAGGCCUGGAAGACGAGCCGGCGGCCGGGGCUGAGGAUGGCGGCUCCGAAUGGGACCUCCCGGGGGUGGAGAGCAGCCUGCCAGGCACCCCUCUCCCUGCACCCAGCCCUCCCCAGCUGGCGGAGGAGCAGAGCCAGUGGAGGAGCCUCCUUUCCUCCUACAGACGGAGGCACUUCUCUGGCUGCUUUGGGAUGAGGAUGGAGCGGAUCGGUGCGCAGACGGGGCUGGGAUGCAACCAGUACAAAAUCCGGCUCAGUAUCGACCCUGGCCAGGGCAUCCCACCCAGGCUGGACAAGCCUUUGCUGGAGGGUGGCAGCAGCAGGAAGGUGAUUGCAUCCUUCCAGGACAGUGAUCAGUGCAGUGACCCUCCACACUACAAUGAAGAGGCUCUGUCUGGCACCGACACCAGCCCUGGGGCCGUGGCGGCGAGCCGGGAUGCCUUUCCCAACAGCUUCACCGCUGCUAGCUGUGAAUCCUCCCAGGAGGCGGGCGCUGGGCUUGGGGUUAAUUCCAGGUAG